GGUAUGUAUAAUGACUAUACACACUCCUAUAUUGCUUAACAGACCUGGACUUCGAAAUGAGGUGUGUCGUAGUACUAUUCAGCCCCUAUUCCCAAGUUCCCUAAUUUUUUUAUUUUUUAUUUUUGUUUAUUUCAUCAUGGGGCCGCCAACACACAGCCUGGUGAAUGUCGGAGCGAUCCUCAUGACGACAAUUAAUCUUCAUUUACGGCGAGCAUAUAGGUAGGCUAUAAGGAAUGCCGUUGGUCGUAUAAAAAGCUCUUUAAACGCGCCAUCAUCCCUCCCUAGCCGCACCUGUUAGGCGUUUUAGCGGCGGUUAUACGUCAGAUAUGCACCCCAUAUAUGCCGGGUUGCGGCUCGUGGCAAAUCUGACCACCAUCCCGGCGCCCCCCUAAAUUAGAACUUUGACCGCCGGUUGGUCGAACCUAGAAUAUGACGGACGUUGUGUUCUAUGCCGCAGAAGGAAGAUAGGUACAGCUAUUGCUUGACA